AUGUACAAUGCGCAUCGAGGCAUGCAGUCGGGACCUCAGCCCGGCAGUCGCUUGACCGAGCUGCUGGAGCAGGUGCGCGGCGAGUUUGAUACCCAAGUCGGGCGCUCCGCCGAACAUGAACACCAGCUGCAUCAACAGCUCGCGGAAAUGGAUGUGAUCAAAUCCAAGAUAUUCCAACUGGAAAACACCCACAUGCAGAUCAAGAGCAAAUAUGAAGAUGAGAUUGCCCGUUUGCGCCAUGAGCUCGAACAGCGAGGCGGACCAUCUCAAGGCCCCCACUCGGGUCCCUCGCAACCCGCUCCACCAGUCAUCGGCCAUGGGCCUGCCAACCUCUUCAACGGUAUCAUGGCCGGCGGGGCUGGUGGACCUGGACUCGCGCCUCCCCCACAAGAGCAGCAGGGCCAGCCUGGUAUGCCUGGCCACAUGCAAGGCCAAAUCCCACCCGGUUUGAAUGCACCACCAGGCCCACCUCACAAUCCAUUCCAGUAUGGACAAGCUCAAGGCCCUCCUCUCAAUGGAUUCAACCCUCAGCAACCACCACAGCCCACCGCUUCCCCGGGUGGAGCCAAGCCGAGAAUGGGUGCACCUCCAGGACUCAGGGGACCCGCUACGCCACAGCAAAACCCAGCUUCUGCCUACCCCGGCUCACCUCAAGUCGCUCGCCCUACUCCUCCACCAGCGCGGGAUAACAACGCCCAAAUCGCCACGGACUUCCAAUACUCUCACGCCGAUAUUGACAGGAUUGGCAACCAGCUCUCCGAGUACGAUCCUGAUAAGCUCCCACCCCACCUCAAGCGUCAGGGUGAGGAUUGGCACGCCGUGUUCAACCCAAGGGUGCACCGCAGGCUUGACGUCGAUCUCGUCCAUUCCCUCCCUCACCAGAGCGUCGUGUGCUGUGUGCGCUUCAGCCACGACGGAAGGUUCGUAGCCACCGGAUGUAACCGAUCCGCCCAGAUUUUCGACGUGAACAGUGGAAAGCAAGUCUGCCACCUGCAGGAUCAGAGCACCAAUGCAGAGGGCGACUUGUACAUUCGCAGCGUCUGCUUCAGUCCUGAUGGAAGAUUCUUGGCUACUGGUGCAGAGGAUAAGAUUAUCCGGGUAUGGGACAUUCAACGAAAGACCAUCCAGCACCAAUUCUCCGGCCAUGACCAGGACAUUUACUCGCUCGACUUUGCUUCUGAUGGUCGGUAUAUUGCUUCCGGGUCGGGAGAUCGUACGAUCCGUCUUUGGGAUCUCCAGGAAAACACCUGCGUCCUCACCCUCUCGAUUGAAGACGGAGUAACCACCGUGGCCAUGUCUCCCAACGGCCGCUUCGUUGCGGCGGGUAGCUUGGAUAAAAGUGUCCGAAUUUGGGACACCACGUCCGGAAACCUCGUGGAAAGAACGGAGGGUGAACAGGGACAUAAGGAUAGUGUCUACUCUGUCGCUUUCAGUCCUAAUGGUGAACAUCUGGUGUCGGGAUCUUUGGACAAGACCAUCAGGAUGUGGAAACUCAACCCGAACCCAAGAGGGAAUUUCAGUGGUGGCGGGUCAGGGGGAGCUCCAAAGAGUGGAGAGUGUAUCAGAACUUUUGAAGGACACAAAGAUUUCGUGCUUUCUGUGGCGCUUACACCUGAUGGUAGUUGGGUCAUGUCGGGAUCCAAGGAUCGCGGAGUGCAGUUCUGGGAUCCCGAGACGGGUGCUGCGCAGCUGAUGUUGCAGGGCCACAAGAACUCUGUCAUUUCCGUGGCGCCAAGUCCUAUGGGACAACUUUUCGCGACUGGCUCUGGAGACAUGAAGGCCAGGAUCUGGCGGUACUGCCAUUACACUGGACCUCUGUAG